GAAAAUUAAAUCUUUCCACACAUGUAAAUUUAUAAUUCUGACACCUUCAAUUGUAAUAAACUCCCAUACCGCGAAUUCCUCGUCCGAGCAGAAAGACAAUACAACCACUUCUCAACAUUACAACCAUUAAACAAUAUCGGCAACAUGGCUCGUGGAAAAUGGAUCGAUAAGAAAAAUGCGACACAUUUUCAACUUGUUCAUCGUCCCCAAAACGAUCCGUUAAUCCACGAUGAAUCGGCUUCGUCCAUGGUCUUAAACCCCACCAGUGCACCCAAUCCGAAUAAAGUCAAGAAACUCGAUGAUUUAACCGCAGAGCUUGGUUCCGGUAUUGCGCAUGUCAGAGACAACGAAGGUGAAGCCGCAAACUAUGGUGUAUACUACGAUGAUACCGAAUAUGAUUACAUGCAACAUAUGCGCGACUUGGGUCGUGGAGGUGGUGAAUCAACUUUUGUCGAAGCUACUGGUCCAAAGAAUAAGAACAAGGGCAAGGGAAAGCAAUCUUUGGAAGAGGCGCUCAAGAAUGCAAGUUUGGAAGACAAAGCUGGAGCCGUUCUUGAUGAUGAGAUCUUACCAUCCAAGAACCUUCGCAAGGUUACCUACCAAGCACAACAAAAUGUCCCUGAUGCUUUAGCUGGCUUCCAACCCGAUAUGGAUCCAAGAUUGAGGGAAGUUUUGGAGGCUUUAGAAGACGAGGCUUACGUAGACGAUGACGAUGAAAUUUUCGGAAAAUUGGCUGAGGAUGGUGAGGAAUUAGAUGAAUAUGAAUUUGAUGAAACUUGGGAUGAUGAAGAUGGAUGGGAAUCGGACGCCACUGCAAAGCCUACGCAAGAAUAUAAGGACGCGCCUGCUACAACUCAAGAUAUCGACGAUGAUGAACGAGAGGAUCACGGCGACGGGGACUGGAUGGCAAACUUCAGUAAAUUCAAGAAGGAUCAAAAGUCCAGUAAGGCCCAAGCUACGCCUUCACAAGCAGAUUUACAGUCAUCUAUAUUCACCACCACAACAAAUGGCGGCAGACGCAAGAAGAGAAAGGGUGCUUUAACUAAUCCUUCCGCGUACUCCAUGACAUCAUCUUCACUAUUCAGAACCGAAGGUCUUACUACACUUGAUCAACGAUUUGAGAAAAUUGAGGAACAAUAUAACGAGGAUUUCGAUGAUAUGGCGUCCGUCUCGAUGGCUUCAUCUUCCGUUUCCACUGUAGAUGGUGAUGUUCGUCAAGACUUCGAUGGCAUUCUGGAUGAUUUCCUGGGCACUCAUUCCAUGAGUGGUAAGAAGAACGUCAAGAAGAUGAAAUACCAAACCGGUAUGGAGCAAUUGGAUGAGGUUAGAAUGGGUCUUGGUCCAGCACGCUUCACUAGCUUCGGUAGUCGCGCCAGUCGCGCCAGUCGCACUCAAAGGGCGUAAUGGUGAGGGCAUCUAAAAACAAGGAGUUGUGGGUUGGUACCUGGUUCACAUGGUGCAGGGAGUUCAGGUAAAGGCUUUGAAAAAUUAGGAAUUCCCCAAGGUUAUGACAUCUAAGAAUAAAAGCGGUAUCAUGGCGUAUAUUGGGGGCUUCAUCUAGGACUUAUCAGGCUAUCAUAGAAUAGAAAUAUAUAUCUACAUCUUUCCACAAACUAUACGUGUGUGUACCUUUGUAUAGUUACCAGCACUGGUUUUUAAAAACUGAUCACAUUUAUGGCAUUGGAAUACUGUUCGAAUCCAUUUCCGAUCUCUGAAAAUGCAUUACUCAGCCUUUGUGGUAUUGUUGAAAUCCAAUUUCGUACUGCA